UGUACUAAUAGACUUAGUAAAUAUUUUUUAUGAAAUUUUACGAACUUUGAAAUGGAUCACCAAACCUUUCUUGGAGUCCUAACUGCAUUCACAAUAGCCCAACAUCAGAUGCUCCUAACGUUGGAGGCACUAGUGAACGACAAUAAGCGUUUCCCACAGACACCCUACGAUAUAAAACAUAGAAUUAGGCAGCUUGCAUACUUUCGGAUGAUACACGAGUCUGAUCUUGUGUGUAGCGAAAGCACCCGCAUGGCCGUCCUUGUGCAUGACAUGAAGAACUGCGUAAUUCAAGGGGAAUUUGUACGAUUCGGAGAGACAGUCUCGCCACAUUUUAACGUCGUCCUGUUGGCUGUGCUACGACUAUACAACGCGUUGAUAAAGAAACCUGUCCCAGUAACAAACAACUGCAUUGAUCAACAUUGGAAGUGUUUCGAGAUUGCCUUGGGGCAUUGGAUGAGAUGUACAUAAAGGUGAAUGUACCCGCAAUAGACUUGCAAAUUCUCUGGAUUCCCUUGCUCGACAAAAUGGACUGCAAGUGCCAAAGGG